CAGCUCCAGAGGCUGACCCUCAUCCACUGGAAGUCUCAGGUACACCCCGUGCUGAAGCUGGUAGGCGAGUCCUGUCCUCGGCUCACUUUCCUAAAGCUCUCCGGCUGCCACGGUGUGACUGCUGAUGCUCUGGUCAUGCUAGCCAAAGCCUGCUGCCAGCUCCAUAGCCUGGACCUACAGCACUCCAUGGUGGAGUCCACAGCUGUGGUGAGCUUCUUGGAGGAGGCAGGGUCCCGAAUGCGCAAGUUGUGGCUGACUUACAGCUCCCAGACGACGGCCAUCCUGGGUGCACUGCUGGGCAGCUGCUGCCCCCAGCUCCAGGUUCUGGAGGUGAGCAGCGGCAUCAACCGUAACAGCAUUCCCCUUCAGCUGCCUGUUGAGGCUCUGCAGAAAGGCUGCCCCCAGCUCCAGGUGCUGCGGCUGCUGAACCUGAUGUGGCUGCCCAAGCCUCUGGGACGAGGGGUGGCUCCCGGACCAGGCUUCCCCAGCCUGGAGGAACUCUGCCUGGCAAGCUCAACCUGCAACUUUGUGAGCAACGAGGUCCUGGGCCGCCUACUCCACGGCUCUCCCAACUUGCGCUUACUAGAUCUUCGUGGCUGUGCGCGCAUCACGCCGGCUGGCCUUCAGGAUCUGCCGUGUCGGGAGCUGGAGCAGCUUCAUCUGGGCCUGUAUGGCACGUCAGACCGGCUGACUCUAGCCAAGGAGGGCAGCCCCCUGUUGACUCAGAAGUGGUGCCAUACACUGCGAGAACUGGACUUGAGUGGCCAGGGUUUCAGUGAGAAGGACCUGGAGCAGGCCCUGGCUGCCUUCUUAAGCACCCCUGGGGGCUCACACCCAGCCCUGUGCUCUCUUAACCUCAGGGGCACCCGGGUCACACCCAGCACGGUCAGCUCUGUGAUCAGCAGCUGCCCAGGCCUGCUCUACCUCAACCUGGAGUCCUGCCGCUGCCUUCCCCGGGGUCUGAAGCGGGCCUACCGGGGCCUGGAGGAAGUCCAGUGGUGUCUGGAGCAGCUGCUCACCAGCCCCUUGCCCAGCUAGGCAGCCACAGACCUGGGACACCUCAGCCCGCCUGCCCACCCCCUAC